AUGGGUCAGGGUGUGCUUGAGAAGAGCGCAGCCUACCAGGCCUACCUGGCGGGCAGCCGGGUUGACCUCCAACUGCCUGAUCUCGAUAUUCGGAAUAACGAGGUGGCCACCCUCUUCGCUGGCGAGCGCUUUUGUCGUGUUGCUGGUUGCCCUACCCAUACCUGCUUCGCAAGCACCAAUGGUCUUCACCACCAUUUCAAACUCGUUCACAAGGAUAUCACCCUUACUUCAAAGGAAAAGGGCGGUCGUGCUACAACUGCCGAGAUUGCGGAGGCUCUUACCUUUUUCGAGGGUAUCAUCGUGAAGUGGGAGGAGCGUCAUCGGAAUGACCAGCCUAAUCUACCCUCUCUUCCUUUAAAAAUCAACAGUACCCUGAUGAAAAAGGAGGUUCGCAACCAGGAUUUCACUAUCCCCUGCGUUUGUUGCAAGCUGAAGAAUCUAAGCAGUGCCUGCUGCUCUGACCAAUCUUCCGCAUACUGCGAUCACUUUGAGCUCUUCUCGGACCCUCGUGAAGUUCCUAGGUAG